CUCUCCGCUCUCCGCGCUAGCAGAGUUGUGUAGUGCGCGCCUUUGGGGCUUGGAGCUACGCCUGCUUCGAUGCUACAGCUCAGAAGUGAAACUAGUGCGGUACGGUUCGGAUUUUCCCUGGUCGUCGUCUGCUUCGUUGGUCGUCGCCGUUGCAAAUAUACGCCCUUCGGCGCCAAGCUACGACCGUCUCGGAGUAUCCUUUUCCCGGUGCAAAACCCGUGCUGGUGUGCAUUUGGUUUAGAUCAAAACGAAAAAAAAACAGAAAGCAACCCCAAGUGAGCCAACGUCUCGAAGCGUGUUUACCUACCAAAAACAGGAAGGAAGCAGUUUGCCUAUCGAGCAGAUCUCUAAUUCCUUUAGGGCGCGCGCGAGCCAUCCAAGGUAGAGCAAAACCAAGCAGAAGGAAAGCUUUGAAUUUCUAUUACCCCGGAAAGGUUCCCAGGCGGAGAGUUGCAGCAUUAGAGGGAAAUUAGAAUCGUCCGCGGGUCCAUCAUCUGUGUCCGAUCUGUGCAAGUAGUAAUGUGUGAGUGCGCGACCAAGCAUAAUCAUACCAGUUAGGGCAUAGGGAGCAUAGAGCAAGCAAUCUUUUGAGGAAGCAAAAUACAAAAAAAAAAAAUAGUGCGCAUUUCUGGUGCAUAAAUGUGUGAGGCCACCCAACGGUAGUUGUGAGGAGUUUCAAAACCGUUCUGCGAAAGGCAAUCACAGCGGAGUUGGGCAGAGAGCACAAGCAGGAAAAGCCAGGGAAAACGGAAUCGUGUGCAAUAUAUUUCCCUCGGGCGCAAAAUCUCGCAGUCCCUGCCACGGAAAGUGCAGACCGAGUGCCGAGUGUUGGUGUGUGUGUGUGUAUGUGUGUAUCUGUUUGUGUGUGUGUGGAGCUCAGGAGAAGUGUGUGCAGCAUACAAAAUCAAAGAACACAUUGAGCUGAGUUUACAUCCACAUCCCGUUCCUCCCGUUCAGGGGAGUUCGAUUAGAUGCAAUAGAAGACGACGAAAGAGAUAAAGAGAAAGGGAGAGAGAGAGAGAAAAGGAAAAAAGAUCAAGAGAGUGUGUGAAUGUGAGUGAGAAUCGAAACUUAAGAUCAAGCAAAGAAAAAAAAAUCCAUCACCACAAUCCUCGACGACAAUCGUACGACGAGAGAAGAAUUGUUCAAAGCAGACGUACUGACGCUCGUUCUGUGAACCAAAUUGCAGAUCAUAAGAAAGGUUCAGCUGGACAGUGAUAAGUGUCGGAGAGAGCGUGACCAGACAACGCAGCUGUACGAGUCGAACCGGCCAGAGUUUGCCGGCUUGAGCGAUACCAGGAACGUCGUCGUCCGAGCUGGCCACAGUAGCAAAAGCACCGGCACCAAUAUGAUUGACGCCCACGGUAACGCCUUACCACCGCUCAGUCCCUCCAGCAACAACAACACCACAACCGAGCUGGAGAAUGACAAACCGAUGCUACCGAUGACACCCGCAAAAGCGCUCGAUUACCAUGGAGUACACUUGACAGACUUUGAAAAGCAGGAAAUCGAGAAGUAUAAGGAAAUUUACUAUCUCGGGCUGGACGCACGCAAAAUCAACGCAAAAGCAGGCGUGGGCCCCAACUCUGGUUUUGAUGACGAGAACGGAUGCUAUCAGAAGAUUGUACACGAUCACAUCUGCUACCGGUACGAGAUCCUGGAGAUCAUUGGCAAGGGCAGCUUCGGACAGGUGAUCCGUGCACUGGACCACAAAACCAAACAGUACGUGGCAAUCAAGAUCAUCCGCAACAAGAAGCGCUUCCACCAUCAGGCCCUCGUCGAAGUUCGGAUACUGGACGAGCUGCGGAAGAAGGAUGCCGACGGAAGCCACCAUGUCAUUCACAUGCUCGAUUACUUCUACUUCCGCAACCAUCUCUGCAUCACGUUCGAGCUUAUGAGCCUCAACCUGUACGAGCUGAUCAAAAAGAACAACUACCAAGGAUUCAGCCUGAGCCUCAUCAAGCGGUUCUGCAACUCGAUCGUGAAGUGUUUAAGAUUUCUCGACGAGUUGGACAUCAUUCACUGUGAUCUAAAGCCGGAAAACGUGCUAUUGAAACAGCGUGGCAGCAGCACGAUAAAGGUCAUCGAUUUUGGCAGCUCGUGCUUUUCGGACCGUACCGUCUACACCUACAUUCAGUCUCGGUUUUACCGAUCGCCGGAAGUCAUCCUCGGUUACCCGUACGACAAAGCGAUCGAUAUGUGGAGCUUAGGAUGCAUUUUGGCCGAACUGUACACAGGAUAUCCACUAUUCCCAGGCGAGAACGAAGUCGAACAGCUGGCGUGCAUAAUGGAAAUAUUGGGCGUACCAUCGAAAGAGAUCUUCCAGCUGGCGACCAGGAAACGAUUAUUCUUUGAUUCACGAGGAGUGCCACGGUGCAUAACCAACUCGAAGGGACGCAAAAGGAAACCGGGCUCGAAGACGCUGUCACAAGCGCUACGAUGCAACGAUACCGUAUUCAUCGAUUUCGUCAGCAAAUGUUUGGAGUGGGAUCCACAUAAGCGUAUGACGCCGGAACAGGCGGCACGGCACGAAUGGCUCCAGGUGAGCGCGUCCAAGGCCUACUUCGGCUCAAAGUCCAAGGAAAGCAGCGACACCCAGCUGAAUUUCCUUCACAAACAGCAACGAUCUCAGCCAAUGACACCAAACACCAUCCUGCCAGAGAUAAAGACUCCCUCCAACCGUACGCUACGGUUUACCAAAGAGCGCGUCAAAGCAACUGAUCUCGAAACGGCACAACAGCAAUCCUCAUUACAUCGGUUGACCAACGUCCGGAAAGUAACUGCGACCGGCCUAACGAACCUAACCAACAACAACCACGGCAUCAGCCAUCAUCUGCACACCGGUGCUGUAGGUGGUAACGGUAACAACAACAAUAUCAACACCAGCGGCAGUACGCAGACAAUAAACGGUACGUCCAAGUACGCGUCCUCUACGUCGUCCGCGCACCAUCAUCAUCAUCAUCACGGUAGUGCGAUGCCCCAUUCGCAAAGUACCGGCGAUGUGUCGGCCAUCUUUGGCCGGGCAUGACAUGAGACGCUGGCCCGCGCAAAGGAUACCAGCAAAAUCAUCAGCCUCAUCUAGGGCGCCACCGUUUGUGCGUCGUACCGUGAGGUGCUAGCUGUUUGUUCCAACGAUUCUCAGAGAUGGUGGUAGUAUCGGGUCGACGAAACCUAGGUCGCCCUCGCCAAGCCGUUCAGGGGUAGUUCAGGGGUAGCCUGUAGAUAGAACAACUCGUUUACGUUUCGAAACACAAGGUGAUAGGUAGAACGGUAGGAUACACACGUAGGCACCUAAAGCAAAUGGUCCAACAGGAACAAAAGACAAACACGACGCUUCCAAAAACGUACUUCCUCCACAGACCAAAGUGUGUCGUUUUGGUUGAUAGUUUUCGGAUACACAACACAAAAAAAAACCAUCCAGAAUUGCCAUCCACGAGAAUGGUGACGAUCUGCUGCAGCUCAGUUGGAUCAUAUACUGGAAGCAUCGUAUUAUGGUGGCUGUGGUCCCGGUAACCCGUUAGCUACAGCAGCCGGAUUGACUGUGACAAAAACAACUUUAGCAAUGGAUACAAAAGUUGUUCGCAAAACGCAACGAUUAAAACGAAUACUAAGCCUAAGGGUAGUGCAGCGUAGGUGCGCAGUUUCAACGCGGGCGUUAAGCAGAAUUGGGAGGCGCUAAAACUUUUCCCGCCAUAAGCAAAAAUUUCCAUAGAAGGGAGCAAAACAAAUUCUAGUAGACCCUAACGCGUAGGUCACGUUUUAGGCAGCAAGAAGUGAACGGGAGAGAAGCCAGGAGUGGAAGUGAUAGGAUUCCCUUGUAGAAAAUCCUUAACAGCACCGUACGAAAGACUAACGAAGGAAGGGAGAUUAGGACACAACAGAUGUAUUUCUUUAUAUAUAUACAGGCAUACAUACACGCAUAUAUAUAUAUAUUUAUUACGAUAUAACAAUGAUGUGGUAAUCGGCUAGAAAUAUUUGUCAUAUUAGAGAUCGGAAAGAUCAGAUCACGAGGGUAGAAUUUUUCCAGCACCGGUGAUAGCUGGGUCUUAGUGAUGUGAGUACGGAGCCGGGGAACAAAAAAACCCACGCAAGAGAUGUGGCAAACGAGCAAGUCGAGAAAGCUAGUGACUAAUCAUUAAUAUGUAAGUAAUCGUUCUCCUUUCUCAUCCCUCAAGCGUAUCGUAAUGGUAUCAUUAUUUCCCAUACCUUGUCUAUUCUCUGUUCGUUUUGUUGAUUCCGUUCGUGUUUAUUUAGAGAUAAUGGAAAAUCAUCCCUAUAAGGACUUCUUAGAGCUUAAACACGACAGAGCCACACUCGCGAUCGUGCGGGUCGGUUUCUGUCCUCUACCAGCUGCCAUUAUUUUAGUGGGCAGAUUAGCAGUAAACAAGAACGAUAAACUAACUCCAUACUCCCCUACCAUACCGCCCCUUUUCCCCCCACCUUCCCCUAGAGUAGAACAUAAUGGCGCGUAGGGUGAAGAGCAAGCCAGACGGUAACAAUAAUUAUGUGUAUAACAAAAUCAUUUAAUCAAAAAAAACCACAUCUAGACAUUGGAUAGUAAGGUUGAAAACGCGAGACCCGAAAGUUUAAGAGCUGGGUACUCAAAUCUGUUUGUUUUGAUGCGCGACGAAUGAAAUGUGUAUAUGCGCGCUUAGAACGAAAUUCCCUUAAGCAAGAACCGUGAAAGUAGUCACUUACUUUACUGUACAUUUUUACAUCCGCACGGAUACAUUAAGGAUAGAAAAGUCAGGUGGCAAUGACAUGGAGCUCGUGGCACAUGCAGAAAGACAGGAGGCCAAACAGUGCCAGUAGACGAGGGCAGAUGGCAGGCGUGAUGAUAAUAGUACGCGUAAGAAUAUAUAAAAAAAAGAAUAAAGUUUUAAACUCAUUAAUAUGUACGACAACAUGGUAUAA